AGAGAGAAAGAGCAGAAAAACCCCAAUUUUUCAGGCGGCCCUUUUUCUUUUUCUUAUUCAAUACCCACUUGCCUUUUUUUUUUUUUUACUUCCUUUCUUCUUUUUGCAUUUCAACGUCUUGUUCCCCUUUUGAAUACACCGUUUUAUUUUUUUUUUCUAGUUUUCUGCUAUUGUCCUCUACGACGAUAUAAAACGAUCCUUAUUUUAGCUUUCAUUUUAAAAACCAACAAGUCGAAGAAGCAUAUACGGCGACAUGCUCAGUUCUUCGUGCCUUGUAGAUAAACAUACCACGCCGUCGUCUCAAUCGAACCUUGCAUCAGUGGCGACUUCGUCUCUUCACGCCAACGAUGCUCCCAGCGGCAUACCCGAAUUUGUAAAAAAAUUAUUCUACAUGUUGCAGGAUAACUCAUUUCCUCACAUUCUGUCUUGGGGCGUGGGAGGCGAAUCCUUUGUUGUUAAGGAACCCAACGAAUUUGCGCGACUGAUUCUUCCCAAACAUUUCAAACAUUCGAAUUUUGCGAGUUUUGUUCGUCAAUUAAACAAGUAUGACUUUCACAAGAUACGCAAUCCAGAAGACGGACCGCGACCUUACGGUGAUCAGGUGUGGGAAUUCCGGCAUCCAAAUUUUCAAUAUGACAGAAAGGAACUGUUAGAAGGCAUCAAGAGAAAAACCUCGGCGAAACCCGUUCGUUCAAACUCAUCCACAGCAUCGGCAUCUCAACUUCACGCAAGCUCUCAUUCAUCCAUUCAAGCUAAACAUCGCGCAUCAGGAACUUCAGCACAAGAUCAACUCAAAGCAUUAACAGCCCAGCUGCAGACACAAAUAGAACAAAUGCAACAAACACAAACCAACAUGGACCAUCAUUUACAAGCCCUCGCCAAGAAAUACACCACCACCUUUCAGGACAUUGUCAACUUUAACAAGAAAAGAAUCGGUCAAGAUCAUCUCGUGCAGAAAAUGAUGCAGUUCAUGAUGCAUCAAGAAGCGGCAGCCCAGGGGAUGCAUUCACGCGGGCGUGACAUCCAUGAUAAUGCGACUUACUCAUCGGAAUCAAUCUCCAGACUGGAUGAAAUGCAGCGGAUGUUCGCAUCGUACAAUUCGGUUGCACAAGCCAGUGAAGGACAAAUGAAUCAAAUCACACAACACGUGGAAAAUCUGCAACACACUUUCGCUUCCGCAUCGCCCAUGAUGUCCGAUCCAGUCCCCCCUCCCUCCACCACCACAAACACAACCACGACUUAUACGACCACUCAACCCAACACCACGACAACCACCGCCAUCGCCACGUCAUCUCCUCCUUCCUCUGCCGCGGUUCUUCGUUCCCACGUCGUGGAUCCUUUAAGCGCCACCGUGACCGACCCGAUCGUGGUUUCUUCGACGACAAUGACCUCCGCCCCCGUUUCGACGACUGUUACCACGACACCGCAGGAUGUCUUUCCCAUGGAAACCGCUGCCAUGAUUUCGAAUCCAGCCGUGGUGGGUCACGACGGAAUGGCGGUGCUCACCAUAAGUCCGUCUGCACCUGCAACGUCCGAUACCAUGACCGCCAUCACCCCCGCCCCGACCGCAUUGACAACUUCACGCGGUAUCAAACGUAAAUCACUUAUUCCAGGAUGGACCAUUCCCCCCAAAGUGCUGUUGGUCGAUGAUGAUUCCAUUUUCCGUCGUCUCUCCACACGCUUACUGCAACUCGCCGGAUGUACCAUUGACGUUGCCGUGGACGGAUUGGAAGCCCUCACCAAGCUGAGUUCGGAUCGCUACGACAUUGUUCUCAUGGAUAUCAUGAUGCCUAAUUUAGAUGGUAUCUCCGCUACGAAGAACAUUCGUCUGUACGAUACCUGGACGCCCAUUAUCUCCAUGACAGCCAAUACCACGGAUCGCGAUAUUCAGCAGUACAUUACGAGUGGAAUGACAGAUGUGUUACCCAAACCUUUGGAUCAGCGGAUGUUGUGCAAACUGCUUGAACGGUAUUGCGCGCAUCUGAAACUGGUGGGACAUCGUCAAGGUCAAGAAGGCGAGAUUCGUCGUAGCCUUGAACUCGGGUUAAGUACGCCGAUGAUCAAAGUGAUUGAAGAAGGCACGCAAGACAAAGGCAAACAAGUGGCCACCCAGCAAGGGGUCGAUUUGACCACGACCACCACGUUUAUCAAUAUGCAGGAUAUCACUCAAUUGAACGAUUUCAUGGGAUUUGUGUCCCAACGAUACCAACCUUCACCGGCGCCACCGUUGUCCGUUCCUUCCAACUUGCAGCAAUUACCUUACUCUUAUUCCCUUCCUGCCUCAUCCGAAGCCACGUCCGUGCCAGCGUCGAUGGCCGUCGCUUCCACGCUUGCCACCCCUCCCUCCGCCCCGUCUCAGGGCCAUUGGCAAAUUUAUGUAAAUAAUCAAUCACUGCAGCAUGUUCGAGGAGACGAAGCAUUUUACGAUGACGGAUCGAUGCAUGACGGUCAUCGAAAGAAGCACAAGCCCAAUAGCUGCUUUACUUAGCAUCUCUCACGCAACCUUUUUUCUACCCAUUUUCCUCAAUACUUACGUCAUUUAUGUUUGUUUUAUCUACUUUCAUUGGUUUUGGCUUCAUUCUUUUGUUGUUGUUUCUUUUGGAUAGGCUUUUUUGUUUUUUUCUUUAUGUUUGUCUUUCGUUUUUUAUUAUUAUAUAUUGUUUUCACUUUUUCGCCUUUAUCCCUUCUUGAUGAUGGCCCAGGCCGCCUUCACC